AUGGAGAAUCACUUGUUUGGUUAUGGAUUUGUUAAUGGAUACACCAAAUGGGUUUUCCAUGGAGAAGGAUUUUCUUCAACAAAUAUGCCGCAUCCAACCAAUGAUGAUGAAACUUCCGACAUGCAUGACGAUAUCGAUGGACUAUUUUAUGAUACUUUUAGGAAUGUAGAAGGUGAUCUGCUGCAUGAAGGAGUGAGAGAGGGACCAUCUAAAGAUGCAAAGAGAUCUUUCAAAUUAGUUGACGAAGGGAAACAAGAGUUGUACCCAGGGUGUAAGAAUUUUUCUAAGUUGAGUUUCACCAUUCGGUUGUACUUGUUUAAAUGCAUUCACGGGUUGAGUAAUGUAACCUUUUCAUACUUAUUAUACUUGGUAAAAGAGGCAUUUCCAUUUGCUCAGCUACCUGAGUCUUUUGAACAAGGCAAAAAAAGAUGGAAGAAUGUUCGUGAUGAUUUGACUAAUAAGAACACUAAAAUCCCAGCAAAGGUUUUAAGGUACUUCCCUUUAAAGCCUAGGCUUCAGAGGAUAUUUAUGUGUUCUGAAACAUCUGUAGCCAUGAGAUGGCAUGCUACUGAACGACCCAAAGAUGGGAAUUUAAGACAUCCUGCUGAUGGGGAAGCUUGGAAGGAUUUUGAUUCAUUGCACCCGGAUUUCUCUAAAGAUCCUCGUAAUGUUCGAUUGGGUCUUUCAAGUGAUGGUCCAUCAUCUCCUGGAAACGAUAUAGAUGUGUUCCUACAACCGCUAAUUCCAGAGUUGAAGGAACUAUGGGAAAUGGGAGUGGAAACAUAUGAUGCUGAAACUAACCAAACAUUUCUAAUGCGUGCAGCUUUAUUGUGGACAGUUAGUGAUUUUCCAGCACUAGCAAUGCUUUCCGGAUGGAGCACCAAGGGGAAAUGGGCAUGCCCCACCUGUAAUUAUGAUACUUGCUCUCAAUAUCUCAAACAUAGUCGUAAGAUGUGUUACUUGGGUCAUCGAGCAUUUUUACCUCCUGAUCAUCCAUUCCGAAGAGAUAAGAAAUCAUUUGAUGGUAAAGAGGAGCAUAAAGCUGCACCUACUCCCUUAUCAGGCAUAGAAGUGCUUGAAGAGAUACGUGAAUUCAAUAAUGUCUUUGGGAAUGGCCGAAAGAAAAGGGCUCGGAAGAGUGAUGGUCCAUGGAAGAAAAGAUCCAUAGUUUUUAGAUUGCCAUAUUGGGCACAUAACAAAUUGAGGCACAAUCUUGACGUGAUGCACAUAGAGAAGAAUAUAUGUUAUAGUUUGCGUGGGACUUUGUUAGAUGUACCUGGAAAGUCCAAAGAUCAUGUAAAUUCUCACUAUGACUUGCACGAGAUGGGGAUACGCAAGGAGCUUCAACCAUUUAAAGAUGAUAAGAAUGGUAAAAUUCAUCUGGCUAAAGCUUGUUUCUCUAUGAAACCAGAGGAGAAAAGGUUGUUUUGCACUGUUUUAAAAAAUGUCAAAUUACCAAAAGGGUGUGCCUCUAAUAUAUCACGUUGUGUGCAAAUUGAGGAGAUGAAAGUAUCAGGAUAUAAGAGCCAUGAUGCUCAUUUCAUAAUGCAGUACUUGCUUCAGGCUGCGGUUAGAAAAGUGUUACCCAAGAAUGUGUCUUUGGCCUUGAUUAGGUUGGGGAAUUAUUUUAGAACCAUAUGUAGUAAGGUUAUAAGAAGAAUAGAUCUUGAUAUAAUGAAGGCUGAAAUCAUAGAUAUUGUAUGUGACCUUGAAAAGAUUUUUCCUCCAACCUUUUUUGAUAUAAUGACACAUUUGCCUAUCCAUUUAGUAGAUGAAAUUAAGCUUGGGGGUACGGUUCAUUUGCGUUGGAUGUAUCCUAAUGAGAGAAACAUGUGUAAGUACAAGGGGUUCGUUCGGAAUCGAUCCAAUCCAGAAGGAUCAAUAGCGGAGAGUUUUCUGGCCGAAGAGUGUUUGACCUUUUGUUCAAGAUACCUACAUGAUGGGGUGAAGACAAGAUUUAGUAGGUAUCAGACCGAGGAUGAAGAUGUUCAAACAAAGGGAAAUGAUUUUUCACAUAUAUUUCCUAAGACAGGCCAUCCAAUUGGAAGUAAGAAGAAAAGGAAAGGCAAGACAUUUGACAUGGAUAGUCAUCAGUGGGUUAAAGCACAUCGGUAUGCUUUGUUCAAUACUAGAGAUGAACAAGUAGAGACGUUUAUCAAGGAACAUAAGAUUAUAAUUGAUAAACGUGGUAGAGGAAAUGCAUGGGCAAAAGCACAAAUUCAUAGUCGAGAAUUUGGUGUUUGGUUAAAAGAGAAAGUUAAAACAGUUAAAGUCCCCAAUCAUAUAAUAUGGCUAUCUUAUGGGCCUAAUAUAGUGGCCAGAAGAUAUACUGGAUAUUUCAUCAAUGGAAACCGAUUUCAUACGAUGAAACGGGAUGCCUCAUGCAAGUCUCAAAAUAGUGGAGUGAGUUUGUCAGCAACAACUGAUAGUUUUGCUAGUGCCAGAGACCAAAAUCCCGUUGAUGGAAUGGUUGCCUAUUAUGGAGUUAUUCAAGAUAUCAUUGAGAUUGAUUAUUGGGGUUGUUUUAGUGUUGUACUAUUUAGAUGUGAUUGGUUUCAUAAUGAAGUCGAUGGCUAUGGGUUGACUCGGGAUCCAAUUGAGAAAGGGGUUUAUUAUGCAAGAAAUAAAGUCCCGGUUGAUUUGUAUGAAUUGGAGGAAGAGAAUUGUCCUAAUAUUGAAGAAACAUUUUGGAGGGAGCCUAAUGAUGACAUUGGCUCAUCAGAAAGAUUACUCGAUGUCGAUGUCAGAUGGUCGAGAGAAGAUCUCCCUGUUGAUAUCAUUGAUGUGUCUUCCCUUGCACAACAUUCACAAGAUAUAUCUAUGGAAACAUCGGAAGAGGAGGCUGACUUCGAUGAUACCGAUUGGGAUUGGAUGGAGCCUGGUGAUUGA